GGAGUGGCGAGCAACGCAACGCUGCGCGGGGGAGGCACUUUGUCAAUUUCAGUCCCCUGGACUCUAAAGAAAAAAGAAGAGCUGGACUCCAAGAAAGCUUUCAUUGACACUUGCAACAUUGUGUUCAGCGGACUGUAUUCAUUUUUGGCGAGGAAGAGCUGAGAACAUGUUUGUGGCGAUGCCGCACACGCUGGUUCCCAGGUAAAAAAGUGGUGUUUGUGAAGAGUACAGGGGGAGCGGAUCGCCUCAGACUAGAGUACCCGCAGCGGCCGGUGAGGCGCGUCUGCGACAGCGGCCUGUUUCUCACUGCGGAGCCGCGACCUCGCCGUGCCGAGCAGGCCGCUUCCCCCGCACACACCCCAGGCAGGAGGUCGGCACACUGUCCGCUGGACGUGCCCAACUAUUCGGCCUGGACUACCUGUCGAGUCGCCUUAAAAGCCAUAAAAUGCAACAAGAGCGGGGAGCGGGGAGGACGACGCCGGAGCGCGACGACGGGUCUUAUAAACUGUGAGCUCACCCCAUAAUAAAAUACAGCAUAUAUUUCUGUGGUGGUCGCUCGCUUGUUGGACACGUUUCGCACGUAGAGCCGCGAGCGGAGAGUCCCCCGUGCCCGUCUGCGCGCGCGCUUCGCCGCCCCUGUGACUUGUGUGCAAGAUGUCGAAAAUGCCGGCAAAGAAGAAGAGCUGCUUCCAGAUCACCAGCGUGACUCCGGCGCAGGUGGCGGCCGGCGGGGCCACGGACGACACGGAGAGCCUGGAGGAUCCGGACGAGUCCCGCACCGAAGACGUCUCCUCCGACAUAUUCGACGUGUCGCGGGCCGACCUGGAGCCGGAGUCGUGCUGCCGGAGCUCCUCCGAGGAAACGCUUAACAGCGUGGCGGACACGGAGGCGGCCGGGGCCCCAGUCGGGCACUUACCUCAGGAGCGGCAGCCGCCUGCGUUACGCGCCCCCGUGAACGGCGGGCUCGGGAGCGUGCCGGUGCCGCACGUGCCGGGGGCCUGCGGCGAUAGCGCGCCAGUCUCUUGCCCGCCGACCGCAGCGCCCCUGGGGGUGGGGGUCGCGCAGCAGUCGUCUGCGAAUGUGACGGCGUGCACGUCGCAGCAGCCGCCGCCCCCCCACCCGGGAUGCAGCUCGCGCUUCAGGGUCAUCAAGCUUGACCACGGCUCGGGGGAGCCUUUCAGGAGGGGGCGCUGGACUUGCACCGAGUUCUACGAGCGCGAUUCGGAGGUGAUCACCAGAACUGUGGACAGCAUCAAGCAUGGUGGUGGCGCCAUGGAGUACAGCGCCGGCAGGGACAGUGGGCUCGGGGUCACAGGGGGCUCGGUUCCCGGAGGGCACUCUGCUCAAGGUCCUGAUGCCGCAGGGGAUGGUUCUUUUGCGGCACAUGCACACCCAGCCGAGAUGCAGCACGGUUACAGCGUGGGGCUCCAUGGCAUGUUCCAGCCCCCUGGGUAUACAGCUGUUACUGGGGGCCCGCAAAUGGCCGUUCCCGCACCGCAUGCGGGAACGUUGCCCGCUGCCCCUCAAAGCCUCCUCCCGCCCUCGCACAAUGGUGUGCAACAGGUGCAGAAGUCGCCCGUCGCACCAUCCGCGCCGCAGGCCCAGCCGUUCGCGUAUCCUGCGCAGAAUCUCCCUUCCUUGAUAUCUGGCACCCAGGGGGAUUAUCGUCAGCCUCACCUGCCAGCCACCUCUGCUCCUGUUCUCCAGACGGGCUCUCUGCCCAUUCAUGGGCCACCAGUGACUCAAGGCCCGUCACCGGGCAUAACACCUGCUGCCGCAGGGCCCCACACCUUGGGGCUUGUGGGGCAGACUGGGGAAGUGGUGGCCGGGUCAGGGGGUGGGAUUCUAGCAGGUGGUCAGAUGCUCCCCCUGCAGCCAGUCAUGGGCAGCAGGGGUGCAGCAGCCACCGCUGCACCUGUGAAUGUACACCAGACCCCGGGAGUGGUUGUGCCAGGGGUUCCUCACGCACCUGUCAUCGGCCCUCCGCUCACUGUGCCAAAUCCAACCCCACCUGUCCCUGCUGGGCAGUCAUUUCAGAGCCAGCCGCAGGUGGCCCCUGGGGGGACAGGGCCUGGACUGGGCGUGCAGGGACUCCAAACUGGUGUCGGCCAGAUUCCGGUCAAUCCUGUGGAGGAGAACCGGAGGAAGUCGGAAGCGCUACCUCAACCUCCUGUAAUCUCUGGAAAAGAUGUCAUGAAGCCUCUGAUCCCAGAAAGCCUGCAGCUGGCAACCCCCUCCGUGAACAGCCUGUUUGGGAUGUCCAUUGCCAUUGACGGGGAUGAGGACAGGAAUCCCUCCACAGCUUUCUAUCAAGCCUUCCCCACUAGCAAGUCACGGGACUCAAAGGCCCCUGGUCGUAGUGCAUCUGGAGCAAGUGUUGUGGCCAUUGAUAACAAAAUAGAGCAAGCAAUGGAUCUCGUGAAAAGCCAUUUAAUGUAUGCCGUCCGCGAAGAGGUUGAGGUGUUGAAGGAACAGAUCAAGGAGCUUUAUGAGAGGAACUCUGUGCUGGAACGUGAGAACGCGGUGUUGAAAUCUCUGGCCAGCAAUGACCAGCUGUCACAGCUUUCCAUCCAGCUGACCAACCCCUGUAGCAGCACUUCCCCUCAGCAGCCUCCGGUCAACACCGCCCCACAGGAGAUUUCCCCACCCAUGCCCAUCCCCCAGCAGCCAAAUGUCUCCUCUGCGUGAAGUGCAUUGUACCCCCAAAAAGAAAAAGCGGGAAAAAAUAAAUGAAUCUGCAAAUAGUCUAAAAAAAACAAAAAAAAAAAAAAUCUGUCUUGUUUGCCAUCAGUCUUCGACAUGUACGGAGCCAUGCUUCAGUGUGUGAUGUUUGGCCUUCCUCGUAAUGGACAAUCAUAUGCGCGCAGAGCUUUCCUUUGGUUCCACAUCUCAUUUGCAGAGCAGCUGGGUGUAGCAGCGGGCUGGGCGGAGGGGCUGGGGCCAGAGCUCAGGGCCAGGUGGCCCAACGCAGGAUUCCUCAGACUGUAACUGCGCUGUAUGGGUGAAGGUUCGGCGAGCGGAAAGGAACGACCACACGGAAACGAGGGAGACUAAACCAUCUGGAUGGGGGUGCUUGAUUAGAGCCUUCAAUGCUUCAUGUUGCAAGAAGUGAGUUUUGAUUAGAAGCUUCAACAUGAAUCAAAUCCAUACAGUUUGGUUUGACUGCAUUUAUUUAUUACUGGGCUGCUAUUUUCAUAAUGUCAGUGAACGUCAGAAUGAGCUCUAAAUCUGAAACUAUUUGGUUUUUGAACGUUUAGAAAAAUAUGGUUAUGCAUCAUAUUGGUGAUGUGUUGCAUAAUCUGCUUAAAUUUACAGGCAGUAACGAGGUAAAUACUGGCACCGUUAUAACACUAAUGGCAAUUUAUCAUUUGGAUUAUUUACAGUAGUUAAGAUCCAGUUUGAAUGUACAUUUUGUAUAGCAUAAAGUAUUAAGAACAUGGAACGUUUGUACAGGGAAGCACCAAUUCUUGUCAUAUUAAUACUUAAAUGAAUCUUUGGUGGACUAUUUUGAUAAAGAGUGAAGUUCUUUUGCUAGUUUUUUUUUUUUUUUUUUUUUUUUGGUUUUUUUGUUUUUUGGGUCUAUGGAAUGGAAAGAUAAUUGCCAUACUCCUCCCCUCCCUUUGAAAAGAAUCUACAUGUUCAUAUUUUUUCUGGGGUGGCAAAAAAGCUGUGAAAUUGUUCAAUCUACUUUGUAACCAAAGAAGCAAAGCUGUGUAAUUCAACUUUAUUUUGUAAUGCACACC